UAAAUCAACCCGACCCCACAAUCUCUCUCUCUCUCUCUCUCUCUCUCUCUCUCAAAACCACACCAUCUCCCCAUAAAACAAACCCAUUUCGAAAGCAGAUGGCUAGAACUGCCAUGGGCGUCGUCGAUAUGUCGAACAACAACACCAACAACAAUCCUCCUCCUCCUCGUCCUCCGAAUUCUCGCACCAAGGACUUCUUCGCAUCCCCUGCUCUCUCCCUCAGUCUCGCCGGGAUAUUCCGAGAUGGGGCGGCUGCAGCGGCGGCGGCGGCGAACAUGGAGGUGGAGGAGGGAGACGAAGGGAGCGGUGGCGGCGGAGGGAGGAGAGAGGAGACAGUGGAGAUUAGCAGUGAGAACUCGGGGCAUGCAAGAUCGAGGUCGGAGGAGUUGGAUUUCGACGGCGGCGAAGGGGAGGACGAGGAGGGGGACGGCGGAGACGGGGACGGCGGCGAUAAGAACAAGAAAAAGAAGAGGAAAAAGUAUCACAGGCAUACCGCCGAGCAAAUCCGAGAAAUGGAAGCGCUUUUUAAAGAGUCACCUCAUCCUGAUGAGAAGCAAAGGCAGCAACUGAGCAAGCAGUUAGGCCUUGCUCCUAGACAAGUCAAGUUCUGGUUUCAAAAUCGUCGAACCCAAAUCAAGGCGAUACAGGAGCGCCAUGAAAAUUCAUUACUGAAAACUGAAAUGGACAAACUCCGCGAUGAAAACAAGAGCUUGAGGGAAACAAUCAAGAAAUCUGCUUGUCCUAAUUGUGGUUUUGCUACCUCUAGCAAGGAUGCUUCUGUAGCAACAGAGGAGCAACAGCUGAAAAUUGAGAAUGCCCGUCUCAAGGCCGAGAUCGAAAAACUCCGAGCAGCUGUGGGGAAACACCCUCCCGGAGCAUCAUCGACAAACUCUUCGUGCUCAGCCGGAAAUGACCAAGAAAACAGAAGCUCUUUGGAUUUCUAUACUGGCAUUUUUGGGCUAGAAAAGACAAGAAUCAUGGAGAUUGUCAACCAAGGGAUGGAAGAGCUUAAAAAGAUGGCUACAGCUGGGGACCCGCUUUGGGUUCGUAGUGUGGAAACUGGUCGCGAGAUACUCAACUAUGAUGAGUACGUGAAAGAGUUCUCUGUGGAUAGCUCUAGCAAUGGGCGUCCAAAAAGGUCUAUUGAGGCCUCAAGAGAGACUGGAGUUGUUUUUGUGGAUCUCCCGCGGCUAGUUCAGAGUUUUAUGGAUGUGAAUCAAUGGAAGGAGAUGUUUCCAUGCAUGAUUUCGAAAGCAGCUACUGUCGAUGUCAUCUCGAAUGGAGAAGGUCCCAACAGGAGUGGUGCUGUUCAAUUGAUGUUUGCAGAGCUGCAAAUGCUCACACCAAUGGUGCCAACCAGAGAAGUGUACUUUAUCCGGCAUUGCAAGCAAUUGAGUGCUGACCAAUGGGCUAUUGUCGAUGUAUCUGUCGACAAAGUUGAAGACAACAUUGAUGCGUCUCUGGUGAAAUGUAGAAAACGUCCAUCCGGUUGCAUCAUUGAGGACAAAUCAAAUGGCCACUGUAAGGUAAUCUGGGUAGAGCACUUGGAAUGUCAGAAAAGUAUAAUUCCCACCAUGUACCGUUCUAUAGUUAAUAGUGGUAUAGCCUUCGGAGCAAGGCAUUGGAUUGCAACAUUACAGCAGCAAUGUGAGCGGCUUGUGUUCUUCAUGGCUACAAAUGUUCCAACAAAAGACUCAAGCGGUGUUGCCACAUUGGCGGGCAGGAAAAGCAUUCUGAAAUUGGCACAAAGAAUGACAUGGAGCUUUUGCCGUGCACUAGGAGCCUCAAGUUACCAUACGUGGACCAAGGUCUCUAGUAAAACGGGGGAUGACAUAAGGGUGGCUUCCAGGAAGAAUUUGAAUGACCCGGGAGAACCACUCGGGGUAAUCAUGUGUGCAGUUUCAUCUGUGUGGUUGCCCGUGUCUCACCAUGUUCUGUUUGACUUCCUUAGAGAUGAAGCCCGUCGACAUGAGUGGGACAUCAUGUCAAGUGGAGGUCCAGUUCAAUCCAUUGCGAACUUGGCGAAAGGACAGGAUAGAGGCAAUGCAGUCACUAUCCAAACAAUGAAAUCAAAAGAGAAUAGUAUGUGGAUACUUCAAGAUAGCAGCACCAACACCUACGAAUCAAUGGUGGUCUUUGCUCCCGUGGACAUCACCGGCAUGCAGUCUGUGAUGACUGGCUGUGACGCUAGCAACGUUGCCGUACUUCCUUCCGGUUUCUCAAUUCUUCCAGACGGACUCGAGUCGAGGCCUCUGGUAAUCACUUCGCGACCGGAGGAGAAGAGCACAGAAGGAGGGUCCUUGCUCACCAUUGCAUUUCAAAUCCUGACCAACACCUCUCCCACUGCCAAACUAUCCAUGGAGUCUGUGGAAUCUGUCAACACUCUUAUAUCAUGCACACUAAGAAACAUAAAGACAAGCUUGCAAUGCGAAGAUGGGUGAUCGUUAUCAGCCCCCCUUUUAGACAGAUAGAGACCAACUAAUUGUAAAGUUCAUAGAAUUAUGGUUUUAGUUAUCACAUUUUUUGGUUUUUUCGUUUACUUCCUGAGUGACAAAUACUGUUCUAGGUCUGAAUCUUCUUUGAUUUGUUUCAUUUUCAGAUAUUGGGUAAACCUCCUUACAUUACGAGGGAAAGGGGCGUUGCUUUCUUUUUGUUCCCCCUUUACUUGUACCUUCACAAUAUUUGGAAAUAUCAUUUGUGAGGCUUGAAGUUUGUUUA